AUGCUGCUCCGCUGCGUGCGUCCGCUGCGCGCGGCGUCAUUGUCGUCGGCCGCCGCCUCUCGCCGCUCCGCGCUCUUCUGGCGCAGCUUCGCCUCUGCGUCCGCCAACUCGCUGGAAGUCUGCGUGCGCGAGCGCCAGCUGCCGCCCUUCGAGCGUCUGCAGCUGGCGGAGAUCGAGCCGGCGGUUACUACGGCCGCCGCUGACUUCACGCACGACCUGCGCGAGCUGGAGAAGAAGCUGCAGAGCGCGGGCAAGAGCGUGCAGCUCGCUGAUGUCGUGGACCCACUGGAGGUGCAGGGCGACGCGCUGGGCCGCAUGUGGGGCAUCGUGGGCCACCUCAUGAGUGUGCGCAACUCGGAGGAGCUGCGCGCCGUGCACGACAAGCUGCAGCAGCUGGUGAUCGAGACGGUCACCGAGGCCUCGCAGAGCAAGACGCUCUACGACGCGUUCCUCGCGGUGCGUGAGAGCGACGAGUGGAGCAAGCUCGAGCUGGCGCAGCAGCGCAUUAUCGAGCUCAGUCUCAGAAGCGCCACGCUCAGCGGAGUCGGACUGCAGGGCGAGGACAAGGAGAAGUUCAACAAGCUCAAGCUGCGUGCUGCCGAGCUGGUAAGGAAAAGCUGCAGUAGCACAAAGUUCUCCUCCAAUCUGCUGGACGCUACGAAGGUGUACUCCAUUACAGUGACUGACAAGAAUGAGCUGGAAGGACUACCGCCGUCGCUGCUGCAGAUGUUUGCGCAGAGCGCUCGUGACGACGGCCACUCGGAGGCCACCCCCGAGAAUGGGCCUUGGCGAGUGACGCUGGACCCCCCUUCGUACGUGCAGUUCAUGAAGUACUCGGCGAACCGAUCGCUGCGUGAAACGUUGUACCGCGCAUACGCGACCCGCGCGAGCGGAGAGUCUUUCGACAACGAGGGUAUCAUCGUCGAGCUGCUGGAGAUCCGCCAGCAGAUUGCGAAGCUGCUGGGAUUCAACUCUUACGCUGAGGUCAGUAUCUCGAAGAAGAUGGCGCCGAGCGUGGAGGAGGUCGAGAAGAUGCACAGUGAUCUGCGCGAAAAGUGCGUUGAGAUCGCUCACGAGGAGGUGAAGACUGUGGCUGAGUACGCGAAGGAGCACGGACAGACGGAGCUCCUCGCGCCCUGGGACCUCGGCUACUGGUCGGAGAAGCUGAAAGCAGAAAAGUACCUGUUCACUGAUGAAGAGAUCAAGCCGUACUUCCCGCUCGAGCGCGUGCUCGACGGUCUCUUUUCGCUCACGUCGCGGUUGUUCGGCGUGACCAUCGAGGCUGCGGACGGCCAGGCCGAGGUGUGGAACUCGGAUGUGCGCUUCUUCAACGUGCGCAGCACCGACAAGGAGGUGAUCGCUCAGUUCUUCCUGGACCCGUACUCGCGCCCGAAGGAGAAGAACGGCGGCGCUUGGAUGAACACGUGUGUGGACCGCAGCCGCCUGCUUGGCCCCAAGGAGAAGGGUGGCAAGCGUAUUCCGGUCGCCUACAUCAUCUGCAACCAGUCGCCGCCCGUGGGCGAGACGCCGAGCCUCAUGACGUUCCGCGAGGUGGAGACGAUCUUCCACGAGUUCGGCCACGGGCUGCAGCACAUGCUCACGCAGAUGGAGUACGGUGACGUGGCGGGCAUCAACGGCAUCGAAUGGGACGCCGUCGAGAUCCCGUCGCAGAUGAUGGAGAACUUCUGCUACGACAAAAGUCCGUUAAAUACCGCACUACGAUACCUUGUGGACAUACGAACUAACCUAUCUAUCCUGCUUGCUUCUUUCAUCCCGACAGACACGAUCGCAGCUAUCAGCGGACACUACAAGACCGGGGAGCCGCUGCCCGACGAGUUGUUCGAGAAGCUCAAGGCGGCGCGCAACUACAUGGUGGCCACGGGCAUGCUGCGUCAGCUGGGCUUCGGCGCGCUGGACAUGUACCUGCACUCGCACUACUCGCCGGCGCAGGAGUCGCUGUUCGCAGCGCAGCAGCGCCUGCUGGGCGAGUACGCCGUGCUGAGUCCGCUGGAGGAGGACAGGUUCCUGUGCUCGUUCGCGCACAUCUUCGCGGGAGGCUACGCUGCCGGCUACUACAGGUACGCAGUCAACUGUAUCUAUAAGUGGGCCGAGAUCUUGUCGUGCGACGCCUACGGCGCCUUCGAGGAGGCGGCCAAGGAGAGCCCCGAGGCCGCGGCGCGCGUGGGCCGUCGGUUCCGCGACACGAUCCUGGCGCGCGGCGGCGGUCAGCACCCGGAGCAGGUCUUCGAGGCCUUCCGCGGCCGCAAGCCGUCCGUGGUGCCGCUGCUCACGCAGUACGGCAUGGCGGACAAGUAG